AUGGAUUCCGCAUACACACGCCUUGAAGCAAGCAGCAGCAGCAGCAGCAGCAGCAACGCAGCAGCAGCAGCAGCAGCAGCAGCAGCAACAGCAGCUAAGGCGGCAGCAGCAACAGCCGCAGCAGCAGCAGCAGCAACUGCAGCAGCAGCAACUCGCCUCUACUACGCUCUUCCAGCAGCAGCAGCAGCAGAUACAGCAGCAGCAGCAGCAGCAGCAGCAGCAGCAGCAGCAACUGCAGCAGCAAAAACACCAGCAGCACGACCUGCGUGGGCUUCUACUACUACGGAGGGGCCGUAUAGAAUAUCCCCAGCAGCAGCAGCAGCAACAGCAGCAGCAGCAACUGCAGCAGCAGCAGCAGCAGCAGCAGCAGCACCAGCUGCUGCCUCUCGACUUUCUCUGUCUUUUUUGCUGCCAUUGCCUUCACUUGCUUCGACUUUAUUUACAUCAUCACCACGCCUCCCCCUGCUCCAGCAGCAGCAGCAGCAACAGCAGCAGCAGCAGCAGCAGCAGCAGCAGCAGCAGCAGCUGCAUGCAAAGUGCUGCUUCGAUAUAACUCUGCCUGAAGACACACGCAGAAGACGCAGCAGAAAGGGGGCAGCCAGAAACCCCCUUAAGCGGCUCCUUAACAUACCCAGGGGGGGCUGGAAACCCAGCAGCAGCAGCAGCAGCAGCAGCAGCAGCAGCAGCAGCAGCAGCAGCAGCAGCGGGAGCGGGAGCGGGAGCGGGAGCGGGAGUAAGAGAGGCGGUAGCAGUAGGAGAAAGAGCAGCAGCAACAAAAACAACAACAACAGCAGCAGCAGCAGCAGCAGCAGCAGCAGCAGCAGCAGCACAGCCCUCAACGCACUGCCUCAGCAAGCCGUAAGAUUCUUUGAAACAGCUAACCAAACAGCAGCAGCAGCAGCAGCAGCAGCAGCAGCAGCAGCAGCACCCGCAGCAGCAGCAGCAGCAGCAGCAGCAAUGAAGAAUUGGAGUUACAUUGACAUUGGGGCGAAUCUCUGCGACCCCGUCUUCGAUGGAGAAUAUUUCGAUAAACAAAAACACCCCCCAGACAUGCACAUGUAA